AUGUGGCGUGUGAAAAAACUCAACCUGUCGCCUUCGCCCCAACCGGGAAAAGCAGCUAUGAGAACACCUCUUCGAGAACUCGCCUUGCAGCCCGACGCCCCCACCAACUCUGGAAAAGGGCCCCCACACUCGCCGACCCCAUCACCAUGCAAACUGGGGCUGCAGGAAGGCAGCAACAACUCAUCUCCACCAGAUUUUGUCAGUGCUAAGAAGACAGACUCCCCUUCAGAACAGUUUGGACAUCCCUCGAAGUGGCUAGAAGCUUAUCAACACAAAUCAGAUGAGCAGCCUCUAAAUCUGAUUCCCCAAACCAACUCUACUCCCAAAUCCUGUGAGAAAGGAAUAGACUCACUGGACAACAAUGUGGUUAAAACCAUGGUUCUUGUACCUUCUCCAGGGAGGCAGCAGCAAGAUAUUACACUUGUGGACUGUCUAGAUACCAUGGCAGAGGGAAAUAGCUUCUCUCUAGAUGAACCUCUGAGGCCAGGAGAUCUGCUGAGAAAGGGAGUGGCCUUCUAUACGGAAGACAGCUUUUCAGAAACUGUUCCUGGUAUGCCUGAGAUAUCUACAUUUCAGGAUCCUCCAUCCCAGCUCUUGGAGUCCCAACCAAAUCCCUGUUCUGAGCAGCAGCUACACUGCUCCAAGGGAAGCCUGAAGGACAGGAGCACUGAGGCUGAGGCUGAGGACUUAGUUCCUUCUGAAAGUAACGCCUUGUUGCCUUCCUCCCUGCUCUGGCUUUCCCCUUCAACUGCCUUAGCGGCAGAUUGCCCUGUCAGUCAUGUGGACCCAGAAGGGGAUAAUUUAGAGCACAGAGCUAUAGAGGAGAGGGAAAUGGCCUUUCCCACACUCCCUGAGGAGGCUGAAUUGGGACAUCAAGCACUUGUGUCAAAUACAGAUGAUAUUCUGUCCACAUGCCUAAGCCCAAAUACUGGAGAAAUGGAAUCACAGGUGGCUCCUGGGCCAGCAGGAAAAGAUGCCAGUGACAUUCCUGGCUCUGAUGUAGGGCCUUGGAUGUCACCCCUGACCUGGCUGGAAAAAGGUGUCAAUACCUCAGUCAUGCUGGAAAAUCUCCGCCAGAGCUUAUCCCUUCCCUCUGCGUUUCGGAAUGCUGCAAUCGGCACUACCCCUUUCUCCACUUGCUCGGUGGGGACUUGGUUUACUCCCCCAGCACAACAGGAAAGGAGUACAAACACAUCCCAGACAGGCCUGGUGGGCACCAAGAACAGUGCCUCUGAGACAGAGCACCUCCUGUGGGGUCGUUCUCCAGAUCUGACUACCUUGUCUCGACAUGACCUGGAAGAUAACCUGCUGAAUUCUCUUGUCAUCCUGGAGGUUCUCUCCCGCCAGCUGCGGGACUGGAAGAGUCAGCAGAGUGGCCCUCACCCCAAAGUUCGGGACAGCAGCACACAGACCGACACCUUUCCCAGCGAGAUGAGUAAGAAACCUCAGCAUCUUCAGGAGAGCCAGGAGGUUGGACAGGCUCUGCAGCAGGCCAGGAAUGUCAUGCAGUCAUGGGUGCUCCUCUCUAGAGAGCUGAUAUCCUUGCUUCACCUGUCUCUGCUGCACUUGGAUGAAGAUAAGACUGCUCUGAGUCAGGAGACUCGGCGUGCAGAAACCUUGGUGUCCUGCUGUUUUGAUGUGUUGAAGAAACUGAAGGCCAGGCUUCAGAGCCUCAAAGCAGAAAGGGAGGAGGCAAAGCGCAGAGAGGAACUGGCCCUCAGAGGCAAGGAUGCGGCAGAGACAGUGCUAGAGGUCUUCUGUGCACAUGCCAGCCAGCGCAUCAGCCAACUGCAACAGGACCUGGCAUCCAUGGGGGAAUUCAGAGGCCUUUUGAAGGAGACCCAGACCCAACUGGUAGGGCUUCACACUGAGCAAGAAGAGGUGGCUCAGCAGACAGCGAGUCUUACUUCAGCCUUGCAACAGGACUGGAUAGCCAUGCAACUGGAUUAUGUAACAUGGACAGCUCUGCUGAGCCGGUUUCGACAACUUACGGAGAAAUUUACAGCCAAGAGCCGGCAGACCCUGCAGGAACGUGAUGCUGCAAUUGAGGAAAAGCAGCAGGUUUCCAGGGAGCUGGAACAAGUCUCUUCCCAUUUAGAGGACUGCAAAAGCCAGUUAGAACGACUGGAGUUGGAAAACAGCCGCCUGGCAGCAGAUCUCCGGGCUCAACUGCAGAUUCUGGCCAGCACAGAGAGUCAGCUAAAAGUGCUACAGAGUCAGCAUGCCCAUUGUACCCAGGACCUGGCCACGAAGGACGAGUUGCUCUGCCGGCUCACCCAGAGCAGUGAGGAGCAGGCUGCUCAAUGGCAAAAGGAAGAAAUGGCACUAAAACAUGUGCAGGCAAAGCUGCAGCAGCAACAGGCGGUCCUGGCCAAGGAGGUGCAGGACCUGAAGGAGACCCUGGAGUUUGCUGAACAGGAGAAUCAGGUUGCUCACCUGGAGCUGGGCCAAGUUGAGUGUCAGUUGAAAACCACGCUGGAAGUGCUCCGGGAGCGCAGCAUGCAGUGUGAGGGCCUCAAGGACACCGUGGAGAACCUGAAGGUUAAACUAGCCAGCAUUGUAGCAGAAACACAGCAGCAAGAUCUGGAGAAGAUGCACCAGUAUUCCCAAGAGCUGGGGGUGCUCACGGAGCAACUCCAUAGCCUGACCCUCUUCCUACAGACGAAACUAAAGGAGAAGGCUGAACCAGAGACCCUCCCGAUAAGCACAGCCAGUGCUCUUUCCCAGGAACACCCUCUGCCCAGUGACAGCACCUUCUUGGGAAGUGCCCAGACAGCAGAGGCAGAUGAAGACCCAGAAUCCACUCCUGUGCCCUUGCUUGGAAGUGACAAGAGUGCUUUCACCAGAGUAGCAUCAACAGUUUCCCUUCAGCCUACAGAAACCCCAGACAUCGAGAAGAGCCUGACAGAAAUGGGUACUAAGACUCUGGAACUUCAGAGCCUGUGUUCCCUGCUGCAGGAGUCUAAAGAAGAGGCUGUCAGGACUCUGCAGCGAAAGAUAUGUGAUCUGCAGGCUCAGCUGCAGGCCCAGGAAGAACAGCAUCAGGAAGCCCAGAAGGCAAAGGAAGUGGACAUAGAGAAGCUGAACCAGACUUUGUGCUUGCGCUACAAGAAUGAGAAGGAACUCCAAGAAGUGAUACGGCAGCAGAACGAGAAGAUCCUGGAGCAGAUAGACAAGAGCGGCGAGCUCAUAAGGCUUAGAGAGGAGGUGACCCAGCUAACCCGCUCCCUUCGGCGUGCAGAGACAGAGACUAAGGUGCUCCAAGAGACCCUGGCAGGCCAGCAGAACCCUGACUGUCAGCCCAUGGACACGAACUGGAUCCAGGAGAAAGUGUGGCUCUCCCAGGAGGUGGACAAACUGAGGGUGAUGUUCCUGGAGAUGAAAAAUGAGAAGGCAAAACUCAUGGUCAAGUUCCAGAGCCACAGAAACAUCCUGGAAGAGAAUCUUCGGCGCUCUGACGAGGAGUUAAAGAAAUUAGAUGACACUGUUCAGCAUAUUUAUGAGACUCUGCUGUCCAUCCCAGAUGUCGUGAAGGGUUGCAAGGAGCUACAGGGAUUGCUGCAAUUUCUGAGCUAA